AAGGACAAGCCUUUCAUUCAUUUUAAUGAUUUUUGCUUGAAGUUUCCCUCUCAACUCUUACGAGUAUCUCUGCUAAAACCCAAAGCCAUUGCCCAUAAAAAUUCUUGCCAUUAAUUAGAGAAAAUACUCCACAGGUUACCAGUAAAUAGUCCUCCUGGUUUAGCUUGAGCAGACAGAGAUGGACAUGGAGACAGAGGAGAAUAAUAAUAGAGAAGGAGGGCAAAGCAGCAGUUGGUUGAGCGACUCGAAUCAGCUAUGGCCAGAUUUUGUUGAUCCCUCCGACAGAGAACAAUAUCGGCGAUACAGGAAACGAUCAUCUCUUGGGAGUCAUUUCUUAGUCCAAGAAAAAUCAAGUGCCAACAGACUAGAAGCUGGAGCUUUAAAUGACAAGAAUGCAGAAUGUGUCUAUCCUAGUCCUGCUCUUUUUCUUGAAGAUAUCAAGCAAGAGUUGGAAGUCUCUGUUGCUCAAGGGGUUCAAGUAUCACCUGGAGCACGUUAUUCUUUGACUACAAAAAAGGGUGCUUAUAGUGAUAAAAGAUCAUCCCAGCUUGACAAUACACUUUUAACUGGUACUCAGUCGUCUCAGUCUUUUCUGAAGGCUGCAAAACAGGAACCAGAAGAGGUUUCAGACAGCGGAGAAACAACAUUUUCCCGCUUUGAAGCAAUCCUUGAUUCUGCACUGCAAGGAUUCAUUUCAUUUGCUGAUCUUAUACUCCAGUUUGAAACUACUUGUCGGGAGGUGUCUGAACUAAUUAGAGAAGAGGCUACUGGGAGGCAUCGCAUAAUAGAAGACCGUUUAAUGCGACAAAAGGCUCAAAUGUUGAUUGACGAAGCUGCAACAUGGUCACUCCUUUGGUAUUUGUUUGGAAAAGGUACUGAAGAUAACUUGGAGGAUGUCAGCGUGUGUCCAUCAACUUCUCAACAAGAGGCUUGCGAGUUUGUCAUGACAGAUCUCACGGCUCAAUUAUGCCUUCGAAUUGUUCAAUGGCUAGAAGGUCUUGCAUACAAAGCAGUUGACUUGGAUAAAAAGGUAAAAGGAUGGUAUGCUGGUUCUUAUCUUCACACGUCAGGUGUCUGGCAUCAAACACAACGGUUGUUAAGGAAAAAAGCUGGUAAUGCAACAAUAGUUCAUCAUGUAGAUUUUGAUGCAACAACACGUGAGCAAACCAAACUCCAUCCGGAAGAUCAGAAACAAGAACAAGAACUUUUGGAAGAUGUUUGGGUGCUGCUGCGAGCUGGAAGGUUAAAAGAAGCGUGUGAGCUCUGUCGAUCUGCUGGACAGGCAUGGAGAGCAGGCAUUUUGUGUGGUCCUUGUGGAUUUGAUCCUUGUCCUUCAGUUGAAGAAUUACAGCAAACAGGCAAGAAUAGAACAUUGCAAGCUAUUGAGCUUGAAAGUGGGCUUGGUUAUCAACGCAGGCUUUGGAAAUGGGCUUCUUUUUGUGCUUCUGAAAAAAUUGCUCAGCAAGAUGGUGGAAGGUAUGAAGCAGCUAUAUAUGCUGCACAAUGUAGUAAUUUGAGGCGGUUACUGCCUGUUUGCAGAGACUGGGAGUCAGCAUGUUGGGCUAUGGUCAAAUCAUGGCUUGAUGUUCAGGUUGAUUCAGAACUUGCUCAUCUCCAUCAAGAAAAUCCUGAUCAAUUUAAACAUACUGGAGAUGCAACAGAUGGGAACGAUACUCUAGGUGAUCUAAAUAUGGAAGGCUCAUCUGGUCCAGAUGCAUGGCCACACCAAGUCCUUGAUCAACAACCACGGGAUCUUCAGUCUCUCUUUCAGAAGCUUCAUUCUGAAGAUCUAGUACCUGAAUCAGUCAGACGAGGCUGUAAAGAGCAACAUCGACAAAUUCAGAUAUGUAUCAUGUUAGAGGAUGCCUCAAAUCUCUUGGAUCUUUUAAGGGCUUGGAUUGCACCCCCAAAUGAUGCUAACUCUGCUUCCAGACCUUAUGGUCAUCCACAGAUGAUUCGAUUUGGGGCCCACUUGGUUUUGGUUUUGAGGCAUGUUCUUGGUGGUGAUGCAAUGGAUGUUUUUAGGGAGAAACUUCAACUUAUCGGUGACCUGAUUCUUAAUACGUAUGCAAUCUUUCUUUUUUCACAGAAGCGUGAGGAAUUGGUUGGUGUAUAUGCUUCCCAACUUGCACCAUAUCUCUGUGUGGAGCUUUACGUGAAUAUGAUGGAGUUGAGGCUGAAUGAUAGAGUACAUGUGAAAUAUAAAAUUUUCCGAUCGGCAAUUCAGUACUUGCCGUUCUUUCCAGGGGAUACAACAAAAGGUUGUGUAUCUGACAUUCUUGAGAGGGUUUUAAUUAGAUCUCGAGAAGUAAGACCUGGUACUCGCCACAUGAAAGCAGAAGAUGCAGGAGAGCAACAUCGCCUAGAAAGCUUGGAGAAAGCCACUGCAGUACAGUGGCUUUGCUUGACUCCUCCAGCAUCAAUAUCUGAUUCUGAGCUUCUUAAGGCAGAGCUCCUUGCUCGGGCAUUGCAGCACAGUAACAUACUAUUCCGGGAGUUUGCCCUUAUAUCUAUAUGGAGAACAAUUAAAAUGCCCGUUGGUGCUCAUAUGUUACUAAGCUACCUUGCAGAGCCUUUAAAACAACCAACUGAGCUCCUCCUUUCUCUGGAACAGCAUAAUGUAUCAGAGAAUCUCCAAGAAUUUGAAGAUUGGAGAGAGUAUUAUGCAUGUGAUGCUUUGUAUCGCAAUUGGCUGAAGAUAGAAAUAGACAAUGAAGAAGUUUCUCUUCUUGAACUUUCAUCUGAAGAGAGAGAGAAAGCAAUUGUGGCAGCAAGGCAGGCCUUAAAUACAUCAUUAUCUUUAUUGGGAAGAAAAGGAAGUCCCUGGUUGUCAGGAGUUCAAGGUAUGCAACAAGAAACAGUAGAGAGUGAAUGGCUUGAGUUGCAUGGAUUUGCAUUGUUCCGCCUAUCUUCUGGCGAAUGCUUGCAACCGGAUGCAACAAUAUGCACUGCAUUAACAAGUGCCUUAUAUUUCUCAGCUGGAGAAGUAGUCACAACACAACGGCAAUUAUCAGUUGAUGUUUCUAUCUGCACGGGAGACAAGUACUGCAUUGAGGUUGUUUUACGUUGCUUGGCAGUGAAAGGUGAUGGAAUUGGCCCUUGUAUAGGAGAGGAUGGUGGUCUUCUUGCAUCUAUUAUGGCAGCUGCAUUUAAAGGUGAACUGGAACGUUUCCAAGUAGGGGUUGCACUUGAGGUCUUCCAACUUGAUGCCUGGUAUGAUAAGGAGGGUUCCCAAGAAGCUCCUGCAAAGUUUAUUGUCCUGGGUAUCUGCCGUAGAUGCUGCAUACCUGAGCUUAUUCUUCGUUGCAUGCAUAUUCUAGUCUCAUUAGCAGACCUAUCUGACGGCGUGCUAGAGAACCACACUGAGCUAAUUGAAUUGAUUGCAUCCCCAGAUUCUGAAUUACAUCAUUUGUUCAGUCAGCAGCAGCUGCAGGACUUUUUGCUGUUUGAAAGAGAAUUUUGUGUACGUAGGAUGGAAGCACAGGAGGAUAAAUCAGUUGAUAAUGCGUAUUAAUAACAUCCAUUUUUUAAUGCAUCUUCUUUGUAUCUCUAAGAAUGGUUUAGAAAAGGAGGUUAUCAUUAUAUUCAGUAAAAGUUGACAUGCUUUAACUUAUCCAAGCUGGAAAGUGUACUUGCUCACUCUAUUUCUCCUAUUGAUUUCUUGGGAAUACGGCAUUGAUGGCCUUUUAUAGCCGUAUCAUCCUCCAAUGUAACUAGCUUGCUAUUCACACGUUAGCUUGCUUGGCUAUGUAAACACUUAUCGAGGCAUACUAAAUCAUUCUAGUUGUAAUUGUAAAUCCACACGAAAAUAUCCAAUCAAUUUUAGCUUAGCUACUUAUUUUGGCUUGUUACC